GCAAAACCCGCUGUCAUCCGCGGAACGACAGCGUUUAAUGCUUCUCCCGUGCGAGCUUAGACAACUAGUGAGCCCAAAAAUGUCUCCGGCCGGUGAACUACGGUGGCUCUGCCGCAUAAUCGACGACUCUCUCAACCCUUACACAGAACCACAAGCAUUCAUUCCGACGAGCCAAAAGAACGAGAAGGAAAUUCUCAUCGCUUCUUCUCAGGUUAUAAGAAAAAUUCAGCUGCGGAUUCGUGAAUUUGAUUCUGAUUCGAAUAAAGAGGAAUUGCGCGGUUCGGAGCAGCAUUGUUCCGGUCAUCAAUGUCUGCUGAAAAUCUUAACCAAAUUGGUGAAUUUGUUAACUGUUAAGAGUGAAUUUGUUCAACAUGUUGCUGUUAACGCUCUUGUUUUAAUUUCGGAAUUCGUGUUCACUACGGGGAACAAUUGGGAUGAUUUCAUUCAUUUUUUGUGUGUUUCGUUGGAAAUGGCUUUUACUAGAAUGCUCUCGUGUUUGCAUGAAAAUCAUAAGUUUGAUUCUCCUGAUGUUGAUUUCAUGCUGCAACAUGGGCUGAGGAGUUGUGAUUGGUCGACUGUCGCUGGUAUUGUUGGAGUGCUUCGUGUUAUAUGUAAACAUUUGAAGGAGGACUAUGAUGAUGAACUUGUCAAAGUGUAUUUUGACUCUGUUAAUUCUUGUCUUUUGAAAAUGCCUUGGAAUUUGUUGGAUGAGUGUUGGAGUUGUGACAUUGCUAGCAUGAAGAAAGGCGUGACAGUGAAUCAACCGUGUCUCAAUAAUUUCAGUGCUAUGGAUCUUGGAAGCAGAUUUCUUGGGACUUUUCUCCAGUUACUAUGCACUUUGGUUGACCGGGAUAAUUUUGUGGAAACCGGUUGUGAUUCUGCCAACAAACAUCCACUAUUUGUCACAAUAAUGAAUCUUGUACCUAGACUUGUAAAGUGGUGUCUCCCCAAGCAAGAAGAUAGCGCUGAGACUUGCAUCAGCCAUUACAUGAAACAUAAAUUGCUGAUUCUGAUGACCAGGCUUGGCUCACUCAUGUGUCUGGACAGUUCAGACUAUUUUUCUUGGCUUGAAAUCCUUCAUAGCUACUUUCAAGAGCUUUUGCUACAACCUUUAACUCAAUUUAUGUCUGAUGAAGGUGAUUGUCUGGAAGGCUCUCCAUUUUUAUUGACUUUGUCUGAUGGAGAAGCAUAUGGGUCGUCUUCCAGCCACCUACAAAGACAAGCCAUUUUCCUCUUACUGGAUUGUUCUGUCAAUUUGAUCAGUCAAAGAGGAUCAAAGGAAAACCAUAGUGAUUUUUCAACUUUAAGCUCAUGUUUUACUAACAACCCAGAUCCGGAGCAUGAUCACUUAUGUAUAAAAAAGGGAUUACUAGAGCUUUACAAGUGGGUUCAAGAACAUCUUCCAAGUGAGGUCUCUAUCAACCAUGAAAACUACUCCGAGAUAUGUAUGAACUUCAUGUCAUCUUUUCUCCAGCUAUAUCUUCGUGAGGAUGAUCUAUUGUUUGAAGUGCUUUUGCAAUUGCUUAGCAUUUCAUCUCUCCAGCAACAGUUUGGAAGAAAAGGUGUUGCAUAUCAAGAUGUAAAAAGAGAUUUUCCUUUUGAUCUGUCUGAAAUUUUUAAUCCUUUUCACCUUUUCCACCUGUUUCUUUCCGAGAUACAUUAUGAUCAUCAAGUGCUUCUUGACUAUCUCAUUUCAAAAGAUACUGGAAUUAGCUGUGCUAAAUAUCUUCUGAGAUGCAUGCAUUUGAUAUGCAACUCAUGGAAAUUAUUUGUGGAAUUUCCAUCAUCUGGAGAACUUUUAAAUCAAUCAUCUUGCAAGAGAAGAAAACUUUUAGGGGAUGGUCUACAGUUUGUUGCAGAUGAAACACCUUCUUCAGUUGACAAUAACGGAAGUAUUGAAUUGAAUAUCAAGAAUUUUAAGGCUGACUUCAAGCACCGUAAUAUUGAACAAUUCAAGAAAGCUGCAGAAUGUUUACUAUCUUUGAACAAUUCCAUUGGAAAUCUUCAUCAAAAGAGCCUGUUUCCAUAUAAUCCUGAAGUGCUUCUGAGACGUCUAAGAAAAUUUCAAGAGUUAUGCUGCCAGGAAAAGUUAUUCGACGGACAGAAAACUUGAGUAAUUAACUGAACUACUUGAAUCUUGCCAAUCUUGUGAUUAUUGAUGGUUAUAGAACUACAUAUUUGGUAGUGGUAGCAUUGAUGGACAGAAAGGAGAGAGAAAUGGCUGCUAGUAGUGUCCUUAUAAUCUUGGGCCACUCCACAUGUUUUGAGUUUUCGAGAGAGAAAGGAGAGAAAAAUGGCUGCUGGUAUGUGAUAGCAUGGAUAUCGAGUGCAUAGAAUCUAAAAUCGCGAUGUAUACUAUAGGAUUUUGUGCCUUGUUCCUGCCACUGUUUCCAUUCUUGAAGGGUGAGCAAUGCUGUAAUGCUUUGGAGAUUAUACCCACGACCAAUCCCUAGCUGGAGGGGUUGCAGUCUACACAGGCAAGGGAGGAGGAUCCAAGUCCGAAAGAGAAGUCACAUACUUUUAGAGGUUCAAUUGUCUAAUCAUGAGUAAACCAUAGGUGAACGGUAUUUAUAAUCCAAAAGUUGUAUACAUGCAUGUAAAAUAAACAAUCCGGAGAUUUCUAUAAGAGAGUGCAACAACAUACUCUUUAUUAUUAGUUAAAAUUCAUAUAAGUCACACCAAAUUAUUUAGUAGGUCA